GGGCCGAGGCGUGGGCCACCCGCCGGCGGGGAGCCGCGGCUCGGGAGCCGACCGCUAGCUGCGCGACCGCCCGGGGCCCUGGCCGGCAUGAGGACCGCCGCGGGAGGACGUCUGCGGCCCGCGUCGGCGUUGGGGACAAAGAAGCCAUGCAGUGACACCCGCUAAGGCUUGUUGGUAGCCAUGUCGGAGCCCCACAGGGUCCAGUUCACCUCUCUCCCAGGUUCCCUGAAUCCUGCAUUUUUGAAGAAGUCCCGAAAGGAGGAGGCUGGAGGAGCAGAACAGCAUCAGGACUGUGAGCCAGCCGCAGCAGCUGUUCGAAUUACACUCACCCUCUUUGAACCAGAUCACAAACGCUGCCCAGAGUUCUUCUACCCAGAGCUGGUAAAGAAUAUCCGAGGGAAGGUGAAAGGCCUUCAGCCUGGAGACAAGAAGAAAGAUCUGUCGGAUCCUUUCAAUGAUGAAGAAAAGGAAAGGCAUAAAGUGGAGGCCAUUGCUCGGAAAUUCGAAGAAAAAUAUGGUGGAAAGAAACGUAGAAAAGACCGAAUACAGGACUUGAUUGAUAUGGGGUAUGGUUAUGAUGAAUCCGAUUCCUUCAUCGAUAACUCUGAGGCGUAUGAUGAGCUUGUUCCUGCUUCUUUGACUACAAAGUAUGGAGGAUUUUACAUUAACUCGGGAACCCUGCAGUUUAGACAAGCAUCAGAGUCUGAGGAUGACUUCAUUAAAGAAAAGAAGAAAAAAUCUCCAAAGAAGCGGAAAUUGAAGGAAGGUGGUGAGAAGAUAAAGAAGAAGAAAAAAGAUGACACUUAUGACAAGGAGAAGAAAUCGAAAAAGUCCAAGUUUUCCAAAGCCGGCUUCACAGCCCUCAAUGCCAGUAAGGAGAAGAAGAAGAAGAAAUACUCUGGGGCUUUAAGCGUUAAAGAGAUGCUAAAGAAAUUUCAGAAGGAGAAAGAGGCUCAGAAAAAAAGGGAGGAGGAGCAUAAGCCUGUUGUACUCUCAUCGGCGGAAGCUCAGGGCCUGCGGGAACUGGAGGGUGCCUCUGACCCCUUGCUUUCACUCUUCGGCUCCACUUCUGACAACGACUUGCUCCAGGCGGCCACUGCCAUGGACUCGCUGACGGAUUUGGACUUGGAGCAUCUGCUCAGUGAGUCUCCAGAAGGAAGCCCCUUCCGUGAUAUGGAUGAUGGAAGCGAUUCCCUUGGGGUGGGAUUGGACCAGGAAUUCAGGCAGCCCUCUUCUCUCCCCGAAGGCCUGCCAGCACCCCUGGAGAAGCGCGUUAAGGAGCUGGCUCAGGCUGCCAGAGCUGCUGAGGGGGAGAGCAGACAGAAGUUCUUCACCCAGGAUAUUAAUGGAAUCCUAUUAGACAUAGAGGCGCAGACUCGGGAGUUGUGCAGUCAGGUCCGCUCUGGGGUGUAUGCCUAUCUCUCAUCGUUCCUGCCCUGCAGCAAGGAUGCCCUGCUCAAGCGUGCUCGGAAACUUCACCUCUAUGAACAGGGGGGGCGUCUGAAGGAGCCUCUCCAGAAGCUGAAGGAAGCCAUUGGCAGGGCAAUGCCGGAACAGAUGGCCAAGUACCAGGAUGAAUGCCAGGCACACACGCAGGCAAAGGUCGCCAAGAUGCUGGAAGAGGAGAAAGACAAGGAGCAGAGGGACCGGAUUUGUUCAGAUGACGAAGAAGAUGAAGAAAAGGCGGGCAGGAGGAUAAUGGGACCCCGGAAGAAGUUCCAGUGGAAUGAUGAGAUCAGGGAGCUGCUGUGCCAGGUGGUGAAGAUCAAACUGGAGAGCCACGACCUGGAGAGGAACAACAAAGCCCAGGCUUGGGAGGACUGCGUGAAGGCCUUUCUGGACUCGGAAGUCAAGCCCCUCUGGCCCAAAGGCUGGAUGCAGGCCAGGACUCUGUUCAAGGAGAGCAGACGAGGCCAUGGGCACCUGACUUCAAUACUAGCCAAGAAGAAAGUUAUGGCCCCUUCUAAAAUCAAGGUGAAGGAAUCGUCUGUGAAGCCUGAUAAAAAGGUUUCUGUCCCAUCAGGACAGAUUGGCGGCCCCAUUGCUUUGCCCUCAGAUCACCAGACAGGAAGCCUGAGCACUGGGGCCUCAAGUAGGGAGCUCCCAUCCCAGGCAUCGGGUGGCCUUGCUAACCCUUCUUCUGUCACCCUGGAGGACUCGUUGGAUGAAGACUUGAUCCGUAAUCCAGCCUCCUCUGUGGAAGCCGUGUCCAAGGAAUUGGCUGCAUUGAAUAGCAGAGCAGCUGGGAACUCUGAAUUCACACUGCCUGUACCCUCAAAAGCACCUGCAGAAAAGGUUGGAGGUGUUUUAUGUACAGAGGAAAAAAGGAACUUUGCAAAGCCUAACCCUUCUGCUCUACCACCAGCUAGCUCUCUGCAGUCACCCCUCAAUUUUCUGGCAGAACAGGCUCUGGCACUGGGACAGUCCUCUCAGGAGAAAAAACCAGAGAGUUCUGGCUACAAAGAGCUGUCCUGCCAGGCUUCCCUCAAUAAGGGCUUGCCAGAAGUACACCAGUCCAAAGCAAAGCACCACAGCUUGCCACGGACGUCUCAUGGUCCCCAGGGGGCAGUUCCCUUGCCCGGCCCCCAGGUAAAAGUCUUUCAUGCCGGCACUCAGCAGCAGAAAAACUUCACACCCCAAUCUCCAUUUGCCAAUAAGCUCCAAGGCCCAAAGGCUUCUCCCCCACAGUGUCAUCGUUCCCUCCUGCAGCUAGUGAAGACAGCGGCCAAAGGCCAGGGUUUCCAUCCCUCCGCACCAGCCACCUCAGGAGGCCUGCCAGCCUCCAGCAGCAGCUCUCAUAAGACCCCAGCCUCGUCCUCUUCUGCCCUGAGCCAUCCAGCAAAGCCACAUUCAGCCAGCUCUGCAGGCUCAUCUUACAAGAAUAAUCCCUUUGCCAGCUCUGUCUCCAAACAUGGGGUUUCCUCUGGCAGCUCUUCGUCAGGAGGAACACCGGUCCAGGGUUCUGCUUCUGGGAACCUGCUCCCUGGCAUACAGCCUCCCUCCGUGGGACAGGCCACCAGCCGACCCGUCCCAAGCUCAACAGGGAAAAAGAUGCCUGUUUCCCAGAAGUUGACCCUGGUAGCCCCUCCAGGUGGUCCAAACGGAGAUUCCGGUGGUGGGACCCAGGGAGUGGCAAAGUUGCUGACCUCGUCCGUAAAGCCCCCUGCAGUUAGUGUGACAUCGUCUACCUCCUUGCCAGUUUGGUGUGAGUCAGCUGGGAACAGGACUGGAGUUCUUACUGCUUGCUGUGUUUCUUCCUUAGAAAGGAGCGGGUGGGACUCUGCUGCUGGCCAGCUCCUCUUUGAUGCCUUCACCCUACAAGUCCAGCAGCCCAAAGCUGUCUGGGCCCAUGAGCUCGAACUCCCUGGGAAUUAUAACCCCCGUCCCGAUUCCUGUCCACGUGCUCUCCUUCAGCACCGACUCCUCUGCCAAAGCAGGGGUCUCCAAGGAUGCCAUCGUCACAGGCCCUGCCCCCGGGCCCUUCCACCAUGGCCUUGGCCACAGUCUUCUGGCUGGCUUGCACUCCAGCCCACCCCAUGCAGCGCCUCUCCCACACGCUGCUGUGCCCACCCAUAUCCCGCAGAGUCUGCCAGGGAAAAUCCAAGUAGCAGCCAGAGGCCACAGUGCAGGACUUUGAGAGGAGCAGCUUUAAAUCUGUCCAGGUGCUUCUCAGCUUCAUGGGAAAGGGCCUGCUGUACCACGGAAAUUAUGACCGCUUCAGAGGCAAGGCUUGCCACUUGGGACUGGGUGGAAUCAGAAUAUGCAGGUCUCCCAGGAUGGACACUCACUGCGCCCUUUCUGCUGCUUGGUGUUCUUCUGGAGGAGCGUGAGUUCUCAGUGGAGCGCUUCUUGGCACUUCUGACAUGCCUCCCAUGGAGGGAGCUGUCCCCUUGCUGCUGAGGAGGCGCAUAGUUCCCCAUGCUCUGCGCCUUGCGGCUCUGUUGCUGGACGGUGUUGGAGGGGCAGCUCUAGGCUGGGGCGUGUGUUGGGCUGUGCAGGAGGCACGGUGUUUACAGGCUCUGGUGGCAGAGCAGUUGGCACAUCUGCGUGUGAUUCUGCCUGACCCCCUGGCAUCUGGUCAGAGUACCUUAGAGCGUCCCACUGCCCAGGGGCUCAUUUUGGCCACAGUAAGCUCCCUGGAUGGUCACAGUGCCGUUCCAUCUCCAGGCUGUGUACUCAAGAGGACAAAACCCAGGCCAGAGCCACAGCUGGGAGACCUAUGUUGUCCCUGCAAAAUACUAAGAACACCGAAGGUGUGCUCACUGUGGGGGCCAGUUUCUCCUCGGAACAUGACAAUGAAGCUCUUUUAGAGAAAAGAUCUUUGUAGAUUCAACAAUUGUGAUAGGAUUUUUACAGACACCUAUUUUGGGCUCAGUUUUCAUCAUUACCAUUAAAUGCAUUGGAUAGAAGGGGACUGUUCUUCACACAUCAUAUUAUAGGAAGUCAUAAUUCCAGUGCCUUUAUGGUGGAGCAGAAUUUGACAACACAUGUCCAUUCAGCCCUGAGUGUAUCUGAGAUGACCUUUUUAAAGAUCUGUCUGUAUUCAAGACAUAGCCAGUUUUAUUUAAUUGAGUUUUUUACACUUGGACAUCAUUAUCUGUGCCGUCCUGACUAGAAGGCUGUCUGGACCCCCAAAUGCCAAGUCCCAGUGUAGCCAGGGCUCCCAUUUUCCACAGUUCAUGCAGUUGGACUGCAGAGCCCAAAGCCCUUCGUCUCUCUGAAGGCCAAGGAUACCAGGGGUCCCAAGUCACAGAUAGACAUUCCAGUUUGUUGUCUUAGGAAUCAGAUCUAGGUAGAUCUGCAGAAACAGGCCUCUGUGAAGUGUCUGCCAGGCAGAGAUAGGCCUGGAAGUCCUGGGGCUCUCCAGUCAGUGGGGUUACGUGUCGACCUAAGGGUGCUGUGCAGAAGAGCUUGGAGAGUAGAUCAGAGACUAGAACAGUUACUGCAGAGCUCCUUAGUCACCACUCAACCAGUGGCUGUUUCACAAGGGUUUGAGGGCACUUGCCUGUCCUGUGAGGUGUGUGCCACAAUGUGAGUCCGAACUGAUUGCUCCAGGUAGGUGAUCUCAGGCACAUUGAGAGUAUACAGCAUCCUCAGCACAUACUGUGGGAAAACAGACCGCUCUUGGCCUCUGAUUCCCAGGGUACAGUGCUCAGUAACUCAUCCUUCAUGCAGAGGUUUGCUGUCUUCACGGUUUCCCAAGGAGCAAGACCUCUGUCCACCCUUUGGCCCGGCCUCUGCUCUGACUCUUUUUUUACAUAAGAACCGAUAGGUGUUUCACAUUGGGCUAAGUGGAUUCCUUAUCCCUUUGUUAUAUAUAUUUUUUGCAACUUGGAUUUCCAGUUUGUUUACAGAGUAGUCUUAGGUAGUAGCAAAAGAGCCAAAGAAGAGAUUUGUAUUGCUGAGCUCAAAGCCAAGCAGAGGCCGGCAGUGAAGGCUGAGCAGGGACUCUCCAGGCUUCUCUGCCCACGAACACCCGGGUCCCAGCCCCUCCUUCCUUUCCCUUUGGUGCUCCCUCCUCCCCACGUACCAUUGCGCGCGCAGCUGGAGCAGAAUUACCCUCAUUUUUAGGAAUCUAGUGACGCCUCUUGCCUCAGGGAAAUGUUUCUUUGAUGGGGAGUUUGAGAUUUCUUUUUCUUGUUUAUGCUUUAUUUGUGGUAAUGAAAGAGCGAAUGACUGAACAGCCAUGGCAGGGCAGAUCCAUAGGCGAAGCCGCGGCAGAGCGGCCUCGGGGUCUGGGGGCUGCAGCGGUUUCCUUGGCGCAGCAAGCGUCUCUGAGCACUUACCAGGCGUGGCCGUUUCUUAGGUGUGAGAGGGGCUGUGGCUUUUGUGCAGCGACUAUGUUGGUGUUAGGGGUGGUGUGGAGAUUGUUAAUCUUGUAUAAAGCGAUUCAAUAAAUUGUUUCAAGGUUUCCAAAA